AUGAGGCAACGGCAACACUCCACAACCACUGAACCGAUGAGCUAUAACACGGGAAAUCCAAAGGUGACAGAAACACUCAUGGAAAAAGAAAUUCUUGAACAAAGCAUUGUACGAAGGAACACAGCAGAAUGCCCCCUAACAAUAAAAGAAUCUUUAAGAACAUGGCGUUCCACAGAGCUACAAGACAAAGUACGUGACAUCACUCAUACAAAUAACUGUCAAGCAGAAACGGAUAGCUGCGCAAAUACUCCCAGACAUCAGUUUCACUCAGUACGCUCUCAUGCAGAUAGCGAAACAGGCAUAGAAACUGUACACCACAGAAAAGGCCUAUAUGAUGACGUUAUAUAUGCAGAUUCCGUUGAUCUAAAGAACAGACCUACAAUAUCAUUAGGAGAUAUUAACGAAGGCAUCAACCUAGAAGCACUAUUGUAUGGGCCCAGGGAUGAUGAAAAUAUAGAACCAGCACAAUUAUCAGCAACAACAAUCGCCAGCUAUAGGUUCGAACAACCGAGACCUUUCUGGCACUUGUUCAAUGCUAUAACAUCAGAUGAUGUUUAUAUGGAAGCGGACGACUGGGGCAUAGAUAGGUCUAUAUAUACUAGGUAUGCGAGGUCAGGGUUCUUCGCAGAUUGUCACAUUGCAGAUUCCGUGCAUCAUGGCGAGUACCUCAGCCUCCCAGAUUGCGAAGAAUUCGCGGAAUGCAGGAUACCACUAGUUGUAUGCAUCAUAUCAACCAGCAGGGAAACCAGAAUCAAUGAGAUACAGAAAGGAAUCAUACCACUCGCAGUGAAUCUCCUCGAUAGAUAUAUGGUAAAACACAAAUCAUCCAUGGAUAGACUUGUGUCAAUCACCACAGCACAUAUAGAUGGGCCGUCGAGUGGGCUGAGCUCUAAACAGGGAUCACUGGCGAACAGCCUGAGCGCUGCCGACGUCGCGUCAUUGGAUGCCUCAAGUGUUACAAAAGGGCUAAAGGAAAAAUAUAAACACGAUAAUCUUAUCAAGUUGUGCUUCAAAUAUCUAUCGGAUGAUGCAUUCGUUUCAAGAAAGUCGACCAUGCAACAGAAUCCAUUCAGUGAUGACAAUAGCGCGGAUGCAGACUCUUGUUAUGAGGAAAAUAGCGAUGAUGCAGCGGGAGAGUAUCGUUUUGGCUCAAAAAUAAAACUAUCUAUCGUAUACAAUUUUGUUGCCGCGGCUUGCUUCUUCAUAGCAGAUCGGUACAACGGAUUGUCAAAUACAUCAGUUAAAGCUCUAUUAGUCACAUGGGAAAGUAUUAGCCAUGCGUUCACGAAAACAAGGGACGCGGCUAAAUUUAUUCGAGAAAAUAGAUCGAUGUCACUUUCCAUCAUCAUGUCGUUUAUGUUUGAUAUUUAUUUCGUUUUGGACUAUAAACUCACAACACCCUUCCCCUGCCAUAUGGUACAGGAUCUGAUACUAUCGACUACAGAUUUUCAAUAUUCCCAAUCACCGUCGGAACAUAAUCUGUAUCAAAAUCUGGCUGCUAUACUGGCAAGGAUUGCUUAUGUAGACGACAGCUUCCAUAAAUUCAGACCUAGUAUAGUUACACUCGCCAUAUACAGCGUGAUACGGAAACUGGCCGUACAUAAUCAAGAGGUAGAAGAUGAACAUGCGUGGCUACUAGUAGAUGAAACCGACGCUGAAAUAAGCAAUUGUUCGGAACUUCUAGUUAAAACGUUACAGCAGUAUGUGGACACCGAUAUUUUAGACGUGCUCACACAACCAGUGUAUAUGAAACACCAAACAGAUGAGCUGUUUGGCCAUUUAUUUGAUGAUUUAUGCGAUUUAGACGCAACCAAACUCAAGAACCUCUCAAGCACACUAAUGACGCUGUGCUAA